AUGCUUGUUUUUAGUCCUUCUCUUCAUGUAGCACAUGUGGAAGAAAGAACUAGUCUCAAAACUUCUCCCUUGCCCUUUUAUCUUUCUCUUUCCUUCUCUGAACUUUGCUCUCUUUCUCUCUCUUUACUCUUUACUCUUUCUAUCUGCCUUCUUUCUUUCCCUCCCUCUCUCUCUCUCUUUUCCCCCAACUUCUAUUUUCUAAUCAGAACAACAGAUCCGAGGUUAGCCAUUCAGGGAUUUCCAGUCAAUCAAAGCAUCAAAUCAAGGCAUCAAAUCACAGCAUCACAUCACCAUACCCAUACCAUACCCUUCUCUUUCUCUCUCUCUUCCGUUGGUCCAUCAAAUCAGAGCAGUUGGGAACAAAGAAGAAGGAGAGUUUUUGCCUCCCCUCUUCCCAUCAUGUCAUCUUCUUCAGCUGCCUUUUCUCUGGACCACCUCUCCCCUCCUCCCUCCGAGCAACUCUGCUACGUCCAUUGCAACUUCUGUGACACUGUCCUCGCUGUGAGUGUUCCUUGCAGUAGCCUCUUCAAGACUGUUACUGUGAGAUGCGGCCACUGCACCAACCUUCUCUCUGUCAACAUGCGCGGCCUUUUACUCCCCACCGCCAACCAGCUCCAUCUUGUUCACCAUAAUCUCUUGGAUGAGACACAGUGUCCACCACCACCACCUUUGCCACCGUCGAGCAUUCUCUUAGACCAACAGAAUAUUAGGAAUACCAAUACGAUGCCACCGAUGAAGAGAACUGAUGAGGAUCUCCCUCUCCCUCCUACCCCAGUUGUCAACAGACCUCCUGAGAAGAGACAGAGAGUUCCCUCAGCUUACAAUAGAUUCAUCAAGGACGAAAUCCAACGCAUCAAAGCUGGUAACCCAGACAUCACACACAGGGAGGCCUUCAGUGCAGCUGCAAAGAACUGGGCACACUUCCCACACAUCCACUUCGGAAUGAUGCCAGACCAGGCCUUGAAGAAGAGCAGUGUACGCCAGCAGGAAGGAGAUGAUGUGAUGCUGAGAGAUGGGUUGUAUGCUGCUGCUGCAGCAGCUAAUAUGGGAGUGACUCCCUUCUAAAGCCAUGAAGAAUUAUCAACUUCUUCUUCUUCUUCUUCUUCUUCUUCUUCUUCUUCUUCUUCUACAACUACAACUACCAUUAGGGUUUCUAUAUUUUCUCUGGGAUUCCUCUUCUUUAAAGUAACUGUUAGAACUGUUCAUCUUUAGGGUUUCCUUCUUUCUUCUCUCUUUGUUGCUUUUUUUUCUUUUUUUUUUUUUUAAUUUUCUCUACUUGGUCUUCUUGUCGAGUAAAACGGGAGCUUGUUGUGCUGCCUUUACUUUGCAUGAUCAUGUUUUAUAUCUAUGGACAGCACAUCUCUUUCAAAUAGACAGACCACUUCUACCAUUAA